AUGUGCAAGUCUAAUUACCCAUUAACUUCUGGUGAAACGCCUGAGGAAGAUCUAAGAUCUGUGCUGAAAAUAGUUUUAAGUCAGUUAAAAGAUUUAACUUUAGAGAAGAAAGCAUUGACUGAAACUAUACAGCAAAAGGAGGAACAGUGGCGCGCUGCCCUUGCUGACUUAGCCAAAGAAAGAGAGGCUAGAACUCAAAGAGAAACAACGACUCCCUUACGCUUGAACCCCUGUGCCACCAUUCAGUCUAAUACCCCGGUGAUUGCCACUGUCACUGUAAAAAUAGCUACCCCAAGAUACUCCCUGAUACAGGUGGCGUUGCUUGAUGGAGCAAGACAGGGGGAUGAGUUGUCUGGUUUUCAACUGUAUCCAAUUGUGGAGAACCCCGCUGGUCAAGAUGAGCACGGUAGAGAUGUGGAGACUCGCACCCACAGCUCUUUACCCUUUAAAAGUUUAAAAGAGUUAAAAAUGGCUUGUGUUCAAUAUGGGCCGAAUGCUCCCUUUACACAGGCUUUGAUAGAACUAGUCUGUGAAGAAGCCUUGCCUCCUUUAGAUUGGAAGAAUAUCACCCGUGCCUGUCUUGCAGGAGGUGAUUAUUUGUUGUGGAAAUCUGGAUUGCUGGCUGGAGAGAACUUGAACUGUGAGACCUGGGUCAGAGAGAAAGUGCUCUUUCUUUUGCACCCAGAGAGAUUGGGGACUCCAGGGAACCUUGGAUGCCAAGAUGUGGCUGGUGGGGAAAGCCUACCCCAGGCAGCCCAGCGAGGAGAGUCCGAAGCCCCACCCAAAUCCAUUCUCAUGCGGGUCUUGGAAUAUCAGAGGACACAAGAAGUGCAGCACACCAUGUGGACAAAGGGCUGCAUGACCACAAGGACCGAGGAGCACUCCAUGACUUCAGUCACUUUUCGAACCCACAGAGUCUUUACUGUGGUGGGGCAAGCAACACUACUUACAAGAACAAAGCAUGUGAGGGUUGAGCAAGCGUACCCCCACCCACCCCCAUCUUCCCCUGGACUCUGCCCUCGCUCACGUUGCCACCACGUACUCAACUUGACCGCUAUGACCUCACAGGGAGGAUCCCAGCCAGUCCCACAGAGCUCCAAUGUGGGCGGCAACCGGCAGAGCCUUCGGCUGGCGACCUGGAGCAGGGGCAGCAGUGUCUCUGGGCGUCUUGGGACAGCCUGGCCCCUGCAAGGCAAGGCCCCUGAGCACCGGGCUCUCCAGGCAGCACAGCGGCCAUGA